AUGGGCAAUGAAGAGACAUUGAAGAAAUUUAAGCAGAGCCUUCCUCAUUGGAAGCAAAGCUUUGCAAACACUGUGGCAAUCUCUCCUCUUCUGCUUAUUAUGGGACAAGGCAUGGGUCAGACGUUAAAUACGUCCCUUGCUUUGCAAGUCGGUGGAAGGCUGUCUUCGAUUGGAAAACCAGACCUCAUUGUACGAGUUGAGGAACUCCUUUGGCAUUGCAUUAUUGGUAUCGCUUGGGGUUCUUGGAUGAGUGAGGUUGGAUUAAUGGACUUCCUCGAAGCAAUCAGUCCACUAAUCAACAAUAUGAAACCUUUGAGGGAGAAGCAAUCAGGUGCCACGCCUUGGGAUGAAUUUGAUGGGGAGGAUACAUGGUUCGAGCAUGCUAUUCACUUUAUCUGGCAGAAUGAUGUUGCAGGUUUGGGAGCGAGGUCGCAGGGCGGAAAAGGGGCACAAUCUGAAGCUUUUGGCAAUACUGGGGACACUCUUUUGUUGAAAAAAACCAAGCUCAAUCGAGGUCUCUCUCGUUCUGGGGCAAAUAUUGUUUCUCCGAUCCUUUGGGAUCCGAAGAGAAAGGAGUACACUUCUUGCGAUUUUUUUCCCUUGUUGUCCAAUGAGCUUGACGAUCGAAUCACCAUUCACGGUUGGAAUGAUUGCAUUGUUAAUGACAAGACAGGUAGUCCCUGGUACAAGCCUGACACAGGAAAGGGCUUGGAAGAAUCAAUGAUCGUGACUCUGAGCUUUUCCAAUGCAAUGAAGAAUCCUAUGGCGACCCUGGAGACCUUCCAUAACUACUACAUAUUCCUUUAUGGCACAAAGACUUCACCUCUCACCUGGUCAUUGAACGACCUAUCUAAGGUUGGCAAUGUCGAUAUUGUGAAGCUCCGACCAGACAAAGAACUAUCUUCACAUCAAUCUUUCCUUACGCGAAAUAUCACUUCUGAAACUGGACACCCUCUACAAUCGAUUGUAUCAAGCCACAUCAGAGCCUUUGAGCAGACAUCUGACCUUCCAGAAGAUAUCUUUGAUGCCAGUUAUCCAAUCUCAGCAACAAAUUUCUGGUUAGUUGCGACGAAAGGAGUGAUCAGUUAUAUUCAUUCUGAUUGUCAUGGUGUUGGUACCUUCGUGGAAGUUCUUUGUAGGCGGAAGUUGUGGUACAUGUUUCAGCAUCAUGGGAGUCGAAGACAAGACAGUCAUAUAGACGAGUAUAUGGGUGAUUGGGCACCUGGAUUUAUUCCGGAUCCUAGGGAAUGGGAGGCUGAAGUUGUUUUGCUGGAACCCGGCUCUGCCUUUUAUAUGCAUCCGGAUACUCAUCAUGCUGUUCUGACGCUCGAGAACUGCAUUGUGAGGGGUGGUCAUUUCUAUUCCACUGUUACCCUUUCGAAAACCGUCUCGAGCUGGGUUCAUACAUGUAUGCUUGGGUACAGGAUCAUCAAUGUUGUACACCCAGAGCUUCAUCAGCUCCUCCUUCGUAUGAUGUAUUACUUUCACACCGUUAUUGGUGAGAAAGGUCCUGAAACUCAAGACACAGAUAUUCCCAGUAUAACAAGAGACAGACUGCUCAAACUCAUUGCGUUGGGAAAUCUGUGUAUAUUCGGAUCAGCCUUACUUCCUUGCAUCCUGCCAGACUCCGCCGACGCCACGAGGCCCACAAUCACCAUGGCCUUUGCAGUUAUCCACAUCACCCGACCAACCCAACACCAAAGAGCACUGACCCCCGAAGAGGGAGAGUACAUGGACUCAAUGGCUCAUCAACAGGAACCUCAUGAACAACAAGCACCGUCUGGCUCAGAUCCCUCACACCACGGCCAAGGGAGGAGCAAGACACAUUUCGACACCCCUUACCUGACAGAGAAGACUGAGCCCCACUGCUCGAGCUUCAGGGCGAGGAUCACUGAGAUGGUGAAGGUGAAGAAUCCCUUUGGGAAGAAGAGCUUGGAUGACUCGGCAUCCCUCCAGACAAUGGAGACGACCAAGUCGACCCCAGAUUUACCCUCAAGUAUUGGACCAGUGCAGAUGGAUCCUGGGAUGACACGACUUGGGGCGAUGACAAUGACUCCAAGGAGCCAUCCAUCACCUCCACAGAGUUAUCUGCAGCCAUCCCAGGGUUCGAUGACGAUGGAGAGCGCCUCUAUUGGAGAGGAACGAGUGGGUUCUACAUCGACGUAUUCAAUCGAAUCAUCCAUGGAUGAACCAGGCGAAGAACCACCUUCAAAGAAGGUGAAAACCCAUUCCUCCCUGCCUGGGGACGAGGGGAGAUAUGGGGAGUACCCAAUGCAGGGGGACAUCAAAGAGAUGAAUCUUCCGAGCCAGAGUGGUAUGAUGCUCCAACCUCUCUCGGGUCAUACACCCCCGACGGAACCUACAGGGUUGAAGGACCCCCUUCCUGGUGGGACGACGAGUCCAUCCACGAGUCAGACUUUGUUUGGCCUUCCCCCCGACCCGAAUCUGAAGUUAUCCCCCCGACUCUCUUCACCAUCGCCGACCUUAGAGAACGGACCUGACAGUGUCGUAUUCACCGAGUACUCUGACAGUAAUAAUGAGGAGCUCCCAGAGUACUACACCCACCAUGGAUCCCUGAUUAGCGGGGGCCAGUGGGUUAUCUCCCCAGGAGACACUCCUGAAGGAGACAGGCUCCUCGAUUGGUUUGCCGGAGACCAACCCUUUCCGGAUCCUAUUGUCCUCCCGAACCGAGUCCUGAGAGAGCUUGACCAGACCUCUCCCCAUCCAUACCCCUAUUGUAACUGCUCCAUCUGUCGUCGCCUCAGAGCCCUGGCCACAGUCAAGCACGAGGGAGCAAAACCCCCUGACGAGCUUGAACCCUUCCUUGUACCAGAAGGAGGGUUCCUACCCUGA